GGCAUCAUAAAGGGAGCAACAACUGUUUGGUUUUUUUAACUACAAAAAUAUUCUCUGUCUCGUAAACUUGCCUGUAAACUCAAGAUGGCUUUCUUGAUCAAGAGCAUGAUUGGGAACCCCCUGUCAGGAAUUGGUCUUGGUGGUGGAGGUGACAAAGAAGAGGAGGCCACCCCCUCAGAUCCAGCCAAAGCAGCAGGGAUGACACGCGAGGAGUAUGAAGAGUACCAAAAACAGGUGGUGGAGGAGAAGAUGGAGAGAGAUGCAGAUUUCUUACACAAGAAGGCAGAGAGGGCGACACUCAGGGUGUGCCUCAGAGAUAAAUACAGGCUGCCGAAGAGCGAGCAGGACGAGAACAUGAUCGAGAUGGCCGGGGACGACGUGGACGUGCCCGAGGAGCUGCUCAAGAUGGUGGACGAGGACGCCACGGAGGAGGAGGGCAAGGACUCCAUCAUGGGCCAGUUUCAGAACUUGCAGAACAUGGACAUGGACCAGCUGAAGGAGAAGGCCUCGGCCACUGUCACCGAGCUGAAGAGCAAAGCAGAGGAGAAGUGCUCCGUCAUGUGAGGGGCCAGACGGAUGAGUCUGUGAUUGAAUUUAAAAAAAAAAAGGAAAAGAAGGGAGAAGACAGGAACAAAAAGAAAAUGAAUUUCAACACUUUCUGGGAAUCUGCAGACGUGGUGAUGAGUCGCCUAUUAUAAGCAGAAAUACCCAAAUCAUCUUUGUGAAAUAAAAAGUAAGUUGCAAAUUGUGAUGCCCCACCUCUCCCUGCACGACGGUUUUCUUUGGAUCAAUUACGUAGAAGUUACUUUUUCAGAAAAGUUUUGCUUUUCACCUCAAUUGUCAUGGUCAUAAGCUCCACUACAUACAAAAAAAAAGUUUAUUAUUUGUGAUGAAAUGUUGACUUUUGUUGGAAACUGAGACAGUCACGUCUCAAAAACGUCUCAAAAAGUGUGAUUUAAAUAUUGUUAUACCAAGACUUGCUUAUGAAAACCUUGUUCAAGUAAUACACCAAUCCUGUGUGAGUGUUUCAACUUUCCUUUUGGUUUGCUGAAUAGUUUUUUUUUUUGUAUGUGGUGUUUGAACUAAGUAUGAUAUUUAGAUUUAUUUUUCUGUCUGUGUUAUUUCAAAUCAAAUUACAUCAGAACAUCUUUGUAAGUCUUGACAUGUUCAUUCAUGCUUAUGUCUCCACAUUCAUAUUGUAAUCGUUAAAAAAGUGUUGCAGAGACAUUUUUGCAGUUUUGCACAAAUCACAGCACUGAAUGAUUUAUUCCGUAAGAGUGACAACAUUGUACAUAAACACUGAUAAAAAACUAUA